AUGAAUGUGAUAUCAUUACAGCAAGGUGAAAAAACAACCAUUGAAAAUCAGUCAUCAGUAGGAUAUGAAGAACCAACAAUUGAAAAUCAGUCGGAUAUUACGAACGCAGAACCAAAAACUGAAAAUCAGUCGGAAAUUACGAACGCAGAACCAACCAUUGAUAAUCAGUCGGAUAUUACGAACGCAGAACCAAAAAAAUCAGUCGGAAAUUACGAACGCAGAACCAACCAUUGA